AUUUCACUGAAGAACUGAAGGAGGAAUAGAAAAGCUUGUUUUCAAAAUGUUUCCUUUUCGAUUGCUCACUGUAGUUUUUACUGCAACACUAUAUUUUGACAUCUAUGAAGCAACCCAAAUCAAUUGUCCAACCAGAGUGUGCAUGGACAGUAAAAUUGAUAUUCAGAGAGAACUGAGCGAAAGAAUAAAUGUUACAUCUGGACCCGAUGGAGAUAUAGAAGGAGUUCGCUUCAAACCCGGGCUCUUCAGUUUUGAAUGCAGGUACAUCGACAUGUACAAGGCUUGUGUACCUACGGGGAUGAAUCCAUGUAUUCCCAUACAGUACCGAAAGAAAGCGAAGGAACUUCUUGAAGCUUAUGACAGCAUCACGUGUUCCAAAGCUGAUAGGCUGGACAAGUUGAUCGACUGUAUGAACAAUGGCGAUGUCCAGAAAAUGUUUUUUGGCGACCUGAAGUUGAAAGUUGUCUCCCUUAUGAAUAAAUUGAAAAGAAAUGACUCUAACGUAUGCAGUGAAAUGAAGUCAGUUAUUCGUGCCACUAUGACGAAGCUUUCGGGUUAUUGCGACCAUGAUGGUCUGCGAGCCCUUUUGCAGUACAUGAACGAGUUGGCAGACAAACUACAAGAUUAUUUGCAAUUAAUGGAGAAUGAUUCGGAAUACAUAUUUAUUUGCAAAGAUGAGUUUAAGGAAGUGACGUCAGCAGCCCAGAGUUCCCUCACCAGACGAGCUUCAGUCAUUGGGACCCCCAAGAUCGUUCGAUCUCUGCUUGGCCUGUAGUUCUGGCUCAUGUUUUCUGAUUCAUCAAUCAAGCAUGGAAUAAAAUAUAACAAAGCAU